AGCAGUAAAUCGGCUCUUAAAUACACCCUCCCCGCCUCCGCACAGUCCUCACCUUCCUCCCUCGUCGGCGUCGCCUCUCCCUCUCCCACACGAAACCAGCUAUCCCCCGAUUCCGUGAGAUCCGAGGAAGUUCGCCUCGCCUCGGCACUAGCCUCCGCCGCGUGGAAGAUGGGAUCGGAGGCGGACAUGACCGGGCCCCUCCUCGCCGGCGGCAGCGGCGCCGCGCCGGCGGCGGAGGCGGAGGUGGUGCCGCCGUGGCGGGAGCAGCUCACGGUGCGGGGCAUAGUGGUCAGCGCCAUCCUCGGGGUGCUCUUCUGCCUCAUCACGCACAAGCUCAACCUCACGGUGGGGAUCAUCCCCUCGCUCAACGUCGCCGCGGGGCUGCUCGGAUACUUCCUCGUGCGGACCUGGACGGCGGCGCUCGAGAGGUUCGGCAUCGUCUCCAAGCCCUUCACCAAGCAGGAGAACACCGUCAUCCAGACCUGCGUCGUCGCCUGCUACGGCCUCGCCUUCAGCGGUGGCUUUGGGUCGUAUAUGCUUGCAAUGGAUCAGAAAACUUAUGAGCUCAUCGGGACUGAUUAUCCUGGUAACAGGGCGGUGGAUGUUAAGAAUCCUUCACUGAGUUGGAUGAUCGGAUUCAUGUUUGUUGUUAGCUUUCUUGGUCUAUUUAGUCUUGUUGCGCUGCGCAAGGUGAUGGUAAUUGAUUACAAGUUGACCUAUCCUAGUGGAACUGCUACAGCUAUGUUGAUAAAUAGCUUUCACACUACUUCUGGAGCUGAACUUGCAGAAAAACAAGUUAGCUGUCUUGGAAAGUAUUUAAGCAUAAGUUUUGUCUGGAAUUGCUUUAAGUGGUUCUUCAGUGGUGUUGGGGAUUCUUGUGGCUUUGAUAAUUUCCCUUCUCUUGGACUUGCAGCAUUUAAGAACACGUUUUAUUUUGACUUCAGUCCAACCUAUAUUGGGUGUGGUCUAAUAUGCCCACACAUUGUUAAUUGCUCUACACUUCUUGGAGCCAUCAUAUCUUGGGGUUUUCUCUGGCCGUAUAUAUCCACAAAAGCUGGGGAAUGGUACCCAGCUGGCCUUGGAAGCAAUGAUUUCAAAGGACUCUAUGGAUACAAGGUUUUUAUCUCUGUAUCUGUGAUACUUGGUGAUGGUAUCUAUAACCUCAUCAAGAUCAUUUAUGCUACUAUCAAGGAAAUAAUGAAUGCACGAUCAAAGCAAGGAAGGCUUCCCUUUGUCCGGGCUCAGGAUGAUGAUGAAAGUUCUGAAUUAUCUUCCAAAGAAAAGCUUCUGAAUGACGUAUUUGUAAAGGACAGUAUCCCUCCCUGGUUAGCAGGAUCUGGUUAUGUGGGGCUUGCAGCAAUCUCAACUGCAACUGUACCAAUGAUGUUCCCACAGCUCAAGUGGUACCUUGUCCUUUCUGCCUAUGUUGUUGCACCCCUACUCGCCUUCUGCAACUCAUACGGCACCGGCCUAACAGACUGGAACCUUGCAUCCACAUACGGAAAGAUUGGCCUUUUCAUUUUUGCCUCAUGGGUUGGCCAGCAUGGUGGUGUGAUCGCCGGCUUAGCAGCUUGUGGUGUCAUGAUGUCCAUAGUGUCCACAGCUGCUGAUCUCAUGCAGGACUUCAAGACUGGUUACCUGACCCUCUCGUCACCAAGGUCCAUGUUUGUGUCGCAGUUGAUUGGGACUGCCCUUGGCUGUGUCAUUGCUCCUCUCACCUUUUGGCUCUACUGGACGGCCUUCGAUAUUGGCAAUCCUGAUGGCAUGUUCAAAGCUCCAUAUGCUGUCAUCUUCCGUGAGAUGGCGAUUUUGGGCGUCGAAGGAUUCUCGGCCCUCCCCCAACACUGCCUAGCAAUCUGCUCUUUCUUCUUCUUUGCAGCCAUAGCCAUCAACCUCCUGAGGGACGUCACUCCAGACAGCGUGUCCAAAUUCAUCCCGCUCCCGAUGGCCAUGGCUGUUCCCUUCUACAUUGGAGCGUAUUUUGCGAUUGACAUGUUUGUCGGGACAGUCAUCCUGUUUGUCUGGGAGAAGAUUAACCGCAAGGAGUCGGAGGACUUUUCAGGUGCGGUUGCUUCGGGUUUGAUCUGCGGUGACGGUAUCUGGAGCGUCCCUUCUGCAAUACUGUCUAUCAUGAGGAUUGACCCGCCGAUGUGCAUGUACUUCAAGCCAUCUCUUGCCUAGGGCGUAAAUAGACUGUAGCUAGAAUGUUGGUUUUAUUGGGAUGCCACAAUAGAAGAGAAUCGCAUCGUGUACAUAUUUAUUUCACACACACGUGUAAAUCAUACUGCGGCAAAAAUAGCAGCAGCUCCGUUCAUUCUGUUGA